UAAUUUACCAGCACAGAGAAAUCUCGCGAGUUGAGAUGCGUUGAUUCAGCAGCGCUGCUGUCCCGCCGCCCGGGCCCGGCGUCCUCCCCAGUCAUUGUUGUGCAUUGUGCUGUUAGUGUAAGGCUCGCUAUGCUGCGUCUCCGCUGUAAAACCCGAGAGGGCACACACUUACUGCAGGGCCUGACGGAUGUUUCCAGUGUCCGAGAGCUGCAGGAGCAUAUUGCGGGUGUGACUGGCAUCUCCGGGCCCACGCAGCGUGUUAUGGUGGGAUAUCCCCCUGCCAGUCUCGAUCUAAGUGAUGGGGAUGCCACUCUGCGGGACCUUCCCAUCAAAUCCGGGGAUACUCUUAUUGUGGAAGAAGAUAAAAGUAGGCCUACAUCCUCAAAGAAGACUAUCAAUGAUCGGACCAUAUUCGAAACACCAACAAUAGUGCGCAGGGUAGUUCCAGCUGACAAUUCAUGUCUCUUUACAAGUGUUUAUUAUGUAGUGGAAGGUGGUGUAUAUGACCCAGCAUGUGCACCAGAAAUGCGCAGCCUUAUAGCUGAAAUUGUUUCCAGUGAUCCAACUAGUUACUGUGAGGCUGUGCUGGGUAAAAGCAAUGGCGAGUAUUGUGCCUGGAUUCGUAGAGAAGACACAUGGGGAGGAGCCAUAGAAGUUUCAAUACUUUCAAAGUUUUAUCAGUGUGAGAUUUGUGUUGUGGAUACACAGACUGUGAGGAUAGACCGCUUUGGAGAAGAUGCUGGCUACAGUAGACGGGUUCUGCUGAUUUAUGAUGGCAUUCACUAUGACCCUUUGCAGCGCCAGUUUCCAGAUUCUGACAUGCCCCCCAUGACCAUCUUUUCCACAUCCGAUGAUGAUGCAUUGGUGCAGGCCCUAGAGCUUGCAGAUGAUGCCAGGAAGAAAAGGCAGUUUACAGAUGUCAAUAGAUUUGCCUUACGUUGUAUGGUUUGCCAAGAAGGUUUAACUGGACAGUCGGCAGCGAGAGAUCAUGCCAAGGAAACGGGACACACCAACUUUGGGGAGGUGUAACAUCCUAAGGUCAACUAAUCCUGACAGAAUUGGUGAAAACUACCUCAAACAGCUGAAACCAGGUUAAAGAAAAGCAAAAUCUUGAACUGCUUUUCCUGUUUUCUCCUCUGUUCCUGGGUCAGCGGAGCAUUAAAACUCUUAAAACAUCGCAGGAUACCUUAUAAUGCUGUAACACGCAUAAACAGCUUUUGUUUGUGUUCACAACUCUGGAAUUUAGACCUGAUUGGUAUUCAGUCAAAUUAUUAAUGGCCAAUAUCAGUGUUUUAUGUCCCAAGUCUUAAGUACUUUCUUGCCGAUAUAUAAUAAUUUUAUCCUGCAAAAAGUUGUUACAUAUUUAUUAUUUUGCAGAAUGAAAUACAGCUUCAUAUUUGCAUGUAUAAAUACUAUUAUGCUGAUACAAUUGAACAAUUGUGCACAUUAUUUUAAACCCAGACAAAAUUGUAUGCCCUAAAAUAACCAAUAACCACUUGCAAUUGCAUGGAAAUGUCUAAGCAUUUGCAUACGUGGUAUCUGCCGUUAAUAUGGAAAACAUUCUCAAAGUUUUUUAAAAUUGGGAAAUGUAUUUGACUUGACUAGGGUGUAUUGUGUGCUGCACUUGUCUGUUUUUUGCUGCAAAGAUAUUAAUUGUCAAAUUUGCACUAAGUGAGAUGGAAAACGUCAGCAGAUUUAAACUAGAAGGACGAAAGCUCGCUUCCUGAGAAAACCUGCUGCAUUGUGCUAAAUUAUACAGCUGGAUUUCAAGUGCCGAUACUGGGUAAUACCUAAAUUACAAAGUGGGAGGGGACCUGUAACGCUAACGUGUAUUUUAUGUUGCAGAAAUUGUUACUCAACUCUCAUUCUGUAUAGUAGCCUAAACCUGUGUUGGACUUUCAGCGAUUUUUAUUUGAAUGAAGCAGUCCAGUGAAGCAGCCAUCAUGUACCAAGCAUUUUACAUCUGACUGUGACAAUCAGCAAAGUAUAGUAUGUGUACUAGAAA